GGCUUGUUUAUUGUUCAGGGAGAGAGCACACUGUCGCUGGCUUCCCGCUUUUGUUUGCGUUUGUUUUGGACUCCGCUUAGCGACGCCUCAGCGAGUACAGCAUCCGCGGACACAGCACACACACGCUUCAGGACAUUUUUAACACCAUAGGAUUAUACGAGAGAGAAAAAUGGUUUUGGCAGAAGUUUAUGUCACUGUAACUUAGUCAUUUAUUCGGGGUUUGGCGCUGUGAAGCUGAAGUGCUAGGUUGUCGGUGAAUAACUGAGGAAAAGAGGCGCUAGUAGGCUAACGUUCGCCAGCUAAAUUAGCUGAGUUAGCUUAGCUGUAAAAGAUGCGAGGUGGUUUUUAGCGAGAUUUAAACACUUUGUAGAGGAGUUGUGUUUAAUAGACAGGUGGAUAAGCAGGUUUAGUCGGAUAGAAGACAUUUCCAGCUCCUCAAAUGAACCUGGUUAGCUAGCGUAACGGCUGUUAGCUCGCUUUGAAACAUUAGCUAGUUUGGCACCCGCGCGAGCGUUUCCACACGAGACCGGUGAGAGGAAUGGCCACCGCUUCCGGUUUCUCUUCAGGCGUGAGCGGCUCGCGGAGCGGCGCGUCUCUGUCCGCGGCCUCGUCCGGAGCGGGCGGCCAGGCGCAGGCCAUGGCGGUGGUGUGGGAAUGGCAGGAUGAUACGGGUUCGUGGCGGCCCUACAGCGGCCAGGUGAGCUGCUUUAUAGAGCAGUGUCUCCAGCAUCAUCGCAGCGCAGGCCCGGCUGUCACCACCAUCUCCUUGGGGCAGAGUGACCCGAGCCUGGCCGCCUACAUCAUCGACAUCCCGAGCCUCAAACAGUUCCGCCAGGACACCGGUAAGAUCCGCUCGGUACGACGCAGCGUGGUCCAUCAGUCGUCUGCCCUGGGCAACGGUGUGCUCUGGGAAUGGGCCAAUGAUGAGGGUGGCUGGACAGCAUAUGAAACGCGCACCUCUAGUUUUCUGGAGCGCAGUUACUUAGCACGCCAGACCACGGCUGACUUGGGACCACAAGGCCAUAACUACCUGGUGGACUUCACGUCGCUCGAACAGGUCAACAAGAACUCUGGCUAUCGGCGGCGCGUGCGGAGGCAGACCGGCACUCCAUACCCUCCUGCAGCAGCCUCGGGCACGGGCUCAGUCAUCCACUCGGGCCCAGCGUGCACGUGCCAGCAGUGUUUGAGCCAUGGACCCAUGCCUGGCCGCUCGCGCCACUCUUUCUCAGCUGGAGCAGGCCCAUCCUCGGCAUACUCUCCGUAUCCCAGAAGGCCGCUCUCUGUAGGGAACAUGGCUUGGGGAGGACCCUGGAGCCCGGCAGCUACAUCUAUGGCUCAGCCUCCAGGGCCUGCACAAUCCUUUCCAGCUACUCCCAACGGCUUGAGCAUUCCAUCUAUUCCCUUACAGUUGAAUGGCUCCAGCAGCGUGAGUGCAGCCCUGGCAGGCAUGGCUUCCAUUUUGAUGUCAGCAACAGGACUGGGAGUUCGCUUCAUGACCAGCCCCUCCGGCAGGCCCAACCAAGCCCAGGCCAGCUCCGUUAAGAGGGCAAAGAGACAGCACAGGACAGCUGCCCAGAAACCUGAAGAGGUCAUUAAGAAAUACAUGGAGGAAGUGCGUGUGAUCCCAGACGAGGACUGCAUGAUUUGCAUGGAGCGUCUGUCGUGUCCCUCCGGCUACGACAGCCCUGAAGGGGGCAGCCAGGCCCUGCAGCCCAGCACGGUCGGCAAGUUCACCAAGUGCGGACACACCUUACACAUGCUCUGCAUGCUGGCCAUGUACAACAAUGGCAACAAGGACGGCAGCCUGCAGUGCCCCUCUUGCAAGACAAUCUAUGGCGAAAAGACCGGCACUCAACCAAAGGGCAAGAUGGAAAUAUACAGCAUCCCUCAAUCCCUCCCAGGCCACCCAGACUGCGGCACUAUACAGAUAAUCUACAACAUCCCACCUGGAAUACAGGGUGCCGAGCACCCAAAUCCCGGCCAGCCUUACACCUGUCGAGGUUUUCCCCGCUUCUGUUUCCUGCCUGACAACGACAAGGGCAGAAAGGUGCUGGAGCUGCUGAAGGUGGCGUGGACGCGGCGGUUGAUCUUCACAGUAGGCACGUCCAACACGACAGGCGAGCCUGACACGGUGGUGUGGAACGAGAUCCACCACAAGACUGAGAUGAUGUCGAAUGUCUCAGGCCAUGGCUACCCAGACCCCAACUAUCUGGACAACGUUCUGGCAGAGCUGGCAGCGCAGGGUGUAACUGAGGACUGCCUGAAAAGAGACAACCCUCGGCCACGUGAACCCGAGUAGCUUCCGAAACCCUAGGCAAAAUCUACGCAAUCACUAAUCAGGCUUGACAAUAAAGAGACACUGUGUAGGAUCGUAGUAAGAUUUUGAGCAUGUAGAAAUGCUUGGAUUAAUGGCGUAUAAUCGUAAGAUGCCGUCACUGGAAAAAAAAAAACAAACCUGUAUUGCAUCUUUCAUGAAAAUCCGCUAACUAGGAACUGAUUCUCUGUAACAUCUAGAUUUAAAAAAACAAAAAAAACAUGGCUGUGCACGCAGGACAGGUCCACCGUACAAACACAGCCUUCUGUCAUUAAUUUUUCUCUAUUGAUUUGUAAUACAGACGUUCAGAACCUUAACGAAGUCUUACUCGGUACAUUAUUUAAGGAUGAGAAAAUAAGGGAAGGUCGGUUUACAGUAUGAAGUUUUUGUGAAUGUAUAUAAGCGUAGGUGGUGAUGGGCUCAAUAGAGGAUUUAUCCCCCUCACUUCAGUGUUUUCGAAUGCUCCAGUAUCUCUAUUUCUGAACAGCUGUGUCACUUCUAUCAUACCAUUUAAGAGGCAGCUAUGAUUUGGGUUCGAACAUGCAAUCUUUCGUAGCACUUUAGCUUUUGCGGUGCUGUGAAUCAAAAAGGGAUUUCUAAAGCCAAGUGUAGCUUAAAAAAAAAAAAAAAAAAAAAAAAAAAAAGCUUCUUUCCUGGCAUGGCAUGUAUUACAAUACACAGUUUAUAGUACAUUCCAACACUUCUUCCAACUUCUCUGUAAAGGAUCUCUUCAUAUAAACCACCAGGGCAAGGAUCGACAAUUCAUGUUAAAAAAAAACAAAACAAAAAAAAAAGCAGUGGCAUCGCUUGGAGACAUAUUACAAAAAAAUUAUCCAAUGUAAUUAUUGCAGAACAAUGCAAAUAGUUUUUACUAGUACUGUAUUAAUUGUAUUACAAAAUUAAAGUGUUACAAAUUGCGACUAUUUUAA